AUGAAAGCAGUAUCAAUCUGGUGGCUACUUAUUGUAGUCAAUAAACUUAUCUAUUUUGCUAAUGCUUAUUGGCUAACAGGUAAUCUUUGUUGGUCAAUGCCAUGUAUGAAUGGAGGUUCAUGUUUUGGAUCAGCAUAUACAUAUCUUUGUGUAUGUCCAAUUAAUUAUACUGGAGCUUUAUGUGAAAAACAACUCGGUAUUUGUCAAGAAAAUCCAUGUGGUAAUCGAGGUUUAUGUAUUGAAAAAAGUUUAACAUCAUUUGAAUGUCGAUGUUAUUUUGAUUAUAUGGGUCCAACAUGUGAAGAACAUGUACCAAAAAAUGAACCUAAUAUAUGGUCAUCACUUCUACCUGCACAUACAAGAGUUUUAUUUGAUAUGUUAAAAGAAGCAUAUCGUAUAAAAGCAAAACAGAAAUCAUCAAGUAAUUCAGGAAAUGAGCAAGUAGAUUUUAUUGGUUUAUUAAAUUCAAAUGAAUCGACUCGUACUACGUCAAUGCCAAUAACAUCAACACCCAUAGAAUCUGCUUUAAUAACUCAUCAAAAUGAAUUAACUGAAACAGAACAUGUUAUACAAGCACAAAAUAUUCAACUUGAAAAAAUCUUUCCCGAUAUGAAUACAGCAUCGACAAUAGAAAUGAAUACAUAUGAAUUAACUGAAAAAAGUUUUCCAUUCGAUUAUUCAACUACAUUCUUAACAAAUUCUGAAAUAGAUAUGCCAUCUACUUCUAUGAUUAUAGAAAAUAUGACAACAACAGGAAUCGAACAAAUUCAAUCUACAUCUUUAAAUCUUAUUGGUAAUCAAGAAAUUAUCAAUGCUACUGAACAAUUAGAUACAAACAUAACUUCAACAUCAAUCGAAUGGUUAAAUGAUAAUAAUACUAUCAUCGAUGAUAUAACAACAGAAAAUUUAAUUGAACAAACAAAUAAUAAUACAGAAUUCAUUGAUAUAACUACAAUCGAACCAAUUGAUUAUACUUCUUUAGAUGCUGAUAUAACAAUUGAUAAUUAUGAUGCAUUCUAUACAUCAGAUCAAAUGAUUAUUGAAUCUAUUAACACAUCUGAACUACCAUCAUCUACACAUACAGCUACAAUGUCUCAAACUACACAUAGUCAAUUCUUUUAUAAAUUAUGUCGACAACUUUUAGCACAUCUUUUACCUAAUGCAUCAUCAUCAGCUGUUAAUACAUCAACUUUAUCAUUAGCAUCGCAUUCAUCAUCUAAAAAUAAUAAUACAAGUGAUAAACUUCUGUCUUGGAUAGGUAAAUAUCUCAAUCCAUCUAAAAGUAUAAGUACACCAUCAACUGUACCAUCAUUAUUUAUCAAUGAAAUUCGAGUGUCAUCAAAUCCAUUACAACGUAUACAGAUGGAUGAUGUACUUCAUCAAAUGAAUAAUAAUAAUAUUAAUAGUGAACAAUGA